AUGUCUCCCUCUCGUCACAAUUGUACUGCCUCCCUCCCAACCGUCUCCCUGCCAUUGCCAUUGCCCGUCAGCUACAAUGUCUCCCUCUCGUCACAAUUGUACUGCCUCCCUCCCAACCGUCUCCCUGCCAUUGCCAUUGCCCGUCAGCUACAAUGUCUCCCUCUCGUCACAAUUGUACUGCCUCCCUCCCAACCGUCUCCCUGCCAUUGCCAUUGCCCGUCAGCUACAAUGUCUCCCUCUCGUCACAAUUGUACUGCCUCCCUCCCAACCGUCUCCCUGCCAUUGCCAUUGCCCGUCAGCUACAAUGUCUCCCUCUCGUCACAAUUGUACUGCCUCCCUCCCAACCGUCUCCCUGCCAUUGCCAUUGCCCGUCAGCUACAAUGUCUCCCUCUCGUCACAAUUGUACUGCCUCCCUCCCAACCGUCUCCCUGCCAUUGCCAUUGCCCGUCAGCUACUUUAGCCGCAUGGCCUAAGGCCCUACACUCUCUGCCUGCCACUGCUCUGCCUGCCAAUGCUCUGCCUGCCACUGCUCUGCCUGCCACUGCUCUGCUCUCCCUACCCUUCGCUCUGCCUGAUUUUCAUGCCUCCUGCCUCCUGCCACUGCUCUGUCCGCGCAGCUGGUUGGACAACAACAAGAUUGAAGGCUCUCUGCCGACUGGCCUCUGGUUGGACAACAACAAGAUUGAAGGCUCUCUGCCGACUGGCCUGUGCUCGCUGCCCCUGCUGUGGCGCUUCAACAACUACCUCUAUGGACCCCUGCCAGACUGCCUCUUUGACAAGUGCAUCAACCAAAUUGAUGUGAGCGGCAACAGCCUGUAUGGGCGCAUCAACCGCGAUUUCAAGCACAUGGUGGCGAACAGCGGCGCCCUCGUCAACCUGGCUCGCAACUUCUUCUUUGGGGAAGCCGUGCUCUUUGCUGCUGGCUGCAAGGUCUGCCCCACCGAGGUCAGCGAGCCCAACAGCCUCGGCCUCAAAGACACCUCCAACUGGCGAGUCUCUGACGGCAAUUGCAACAAUGCACUACCCUCUUACCUACUACAAGACUACGCCGUGACAGGGGCCGGGCUGAAGCUGAGGGUGAGUCUGUCGGGCAACUGCCUGACGCUCAGCCCAAGCACAGAGUGCUCGGUCAACGCCACCCAGCGCAGCACGGCAGCCUGCCAGGCGUUCUGCAGCAUCACGGACAACGGCCCGUGUGACGGCCAUGGGGUGUGUGUGCCGGCUGACCCCACCUCUGCAGCAGCAUCACGGACAGCCUCCCCCUCCAACUUCACGUGCCUCUGCGAUGCCGGCUACUCCACUCUCGACUCAGGCAACGGCUCCACAUGCGCCAUUGUCAACUCCACCACCACCACUGGUAACCUUUGCUUCAUUCUUAUGAAACUGCCUAGGCUUUCAGCACCGCCUCAGCCUGGCAGCAUUGCCCAUUCUUACGCGCUGCACCAAUACCCAUGUCAGCUGGCUUUUCUCCUACACACCUUUUCACUCCUUGCCUCACCUCGACACCUUCGUCUAACCACCGCCCCGAUUCCCGUAACCUCCCAUUCGUUGGCAGUGUCGUCGCUAUCCACGGGUGCCAUAGCAAUGAAGAGGGUGGAGGCGUAUGAUCUGGAGGAGCUGAGGGACAGCAAGAUGCCAGUGGUCAGUGAGGAGGCAAUAGUCGACUUUGCAGAUCUGGCUCUAGACUGCAUCAAGUCUCCCGGCACACGGCGACCCACCAUGAAGGAUGUGGCAUGCCGCCUCAGCGCCCUCAUUGCCAAGCACUGUCCCGACAGGGAGGACGAGUGGGAGAGUGUUGCGAAGGAAGAGAGUGAAGGCAACGAGGGUAUAUCUUCAAGGGAUGUUUCUGCUGCGUCGUUUGAGAGCAGUGGGAGGGAGGCUGAAAGGUCUCAUGGCUCACAUUCUAAUGUGAGCUCGUUCAUGCGUGUUGGCUCGAUAGGUGAUGGCCUAUGGAGUUGGCUACAGUUGAAGUCAACCAAAGGGCGUUAA